AACGUGCUGUAGCAACAUGGUCCUCAUGCAUGUGACUAAAUAAUCACGUUUUACUGAUUUAUUUAUUUAUAAACACAAACUCUUCAACAUUGUUAGCAUCCAGGGGAAGAAAAAGAGACACUUCUACUCGCGGUGUAAACAAGAAGCUUAAACACAAUGCCUCACAGGAAGAAGAAAUCGUUCAUCAGUAAGAAGAACUCUGUGUCAUUCCACCUGGUACACAGGAGUCAGAAAGACCCACUGGCAGCGGAUGAGAAUGCACCUCAACAUGUCCUCUUACCUGCCAUGAAGGUGGAGACGGAGAAGAGGAGGGAGGAGCAGAGGAAGUUUGGUGUGUUUUUUGAUGAUGACUACAACUACCUUCAGCACCUUAGAGAGGCAUCUCAGCCUGCUGAACUGGUCUCGUCUACCCAACCUUUCAGAGAGCCGUUUGCCCUUGUGGAAGAGGAUGAGGAGGACAAAGAGGUCAUAACCAUUCCUGCAGCCUCCAUCAACCUUCCUUCAUCAGUGUUUGCCUCUGAGUUUGAGGAGGAAGUGGGUUUGCUUAACAAAGCAGCUCCGAUAUCAGGUCCUAGGCUGGAUAUGGACCCAGACAUUGUGGCUGCGCUGGAUGAAGAUUUUGAUUUUGACAACCCUGACAACGUGCUAGAGGAUGACUUUAUUAUUAAGGCUAAUGACGUCAUUUCUGAACAUGCCACUAUGGGCGACGGUGACGACGACGAGUGGGAGGACACAGAUGAGGGUGAGAGUGGAGAGGAAGAAGAGGACGGUCGGAGUUACGACUCGGACGGAGGCCUGUCAGAUGGCGUCAAUGACGAUGGCAAAGGCUUCGAGAAACAAUUCAUGUUUGCAGACUGCGAGACAAAAAGUCGCUUCACAGAGUACUCGCUCACCUCCUCCAUCAUGAGGAGAAACGAACAGCUCACACUGCUCGACGACCGGUUUGAAAAGUUCUAUGAGCAGUUUGAUGAUGAUGAGAUUGGUGCUUUGGAUAAUGCAGAGCUGGAGGGAUUUAUUAACCCCUCAAGUAUGCGCCUGGAAGAGGUCAUUCAAGAUUACUUCAAACAGAAGGAGAAAGAGUGCCAGAAACCAGAGCAGCUGGGUCCACCAGCAUUGCAGUCAGUGACAGAGGAAGAGAAGGAAGAUGAAGAGCAGGAAAUGCUGGUCAUUGAGGAGCCUCCUCUGGAGAAAUGGGACUGUGAGACCAUCAUCAGCACAUAUUCAAACCUCUACAAUCGUCCAAAGCUGAUAGAAGACCCACCGAAGCAGUCAAAGCAGAUCCACGUGUCCAAAAAGACUGGAGUUCCUCUGGACGUGCUGCCUAAGAAAGGGCCGACAGCUCGGCAGGUGGAGCGCAUGGAGAGGAUCAACGAUUCAGAUCUGCCUCGAGUGGCUACGCAGCCACGCUCGCGAGAGGAGAACAAAGAGGACCGCAAACUCAGGAAACAGGCUAUUAAAGAGGAGAGGAAGGAGAGGCGGGUGGAGAAGAAGGCUAAUAAGAUGGCGUUUCAGCAGGAGAAACAGAAGCAAGAGAAACAGAUGGUUAGCUUAAGAGCUAACGUACAGGGCAUGAAGCUUUCCUAAUCUCCAGCACAGAAUGAGACAUGAGAGACUGGACCAUAACAUACAAGGUUACUUUUCACUGAUCACAACCAGAGAUCAUUCAAAUAAAGGAUUUGAAUGAAAACAAAAGCCAUGAUCUCAGGAGGCAGAGAUGCAAAAACUGGAGGCGUGGACUUCCUCCUGACUUUUUGUGGUUUGUUUGGAUUGGUUGUUCCGUGAGGUUUCAUUGUCUCCUAACAACAGAAAAAUACUGGUAUCAGCCUGGGGGACAAAUAUACCUGCUUUAAAACACAUUUUUACUUAAUUUUUACAAAUGUGAGAAAAUUAAAUCUGACCUCUAACAUUUGUUAUUACUGUCACUUUCUAAUGCUGCAGUUACAUAAAAUCAGAAUCACAAUCAGAAUGCCAAAUGGUUUCUUUCUACAUCCAUGCACUACAUAGGGUACAACAUAGAUUUAUUAAUUCAUUGUCUGUCUUGGCACUGCGCUAUCCUAUUUAGGGUCAAGGUGAGUCUGCUUCACUGGGUGAAAUGUAGAAAACACCUUGGACAGUACUGUCACCUAACAGCAAGAAGGUCCUGGGUUUGAUUCCCAGGUGGAGUAAUCCGGGUCUUUUUUUGUGUGGAGUUUGCAUGUUCUCCCUGUGUCUGUGUGGGUUUCUUCCGGGACCUCCGGUUUCCUCCCACAUUACAAAGACAUACAAGUGAGGUGAAUUGUCCAUGACUGUGUUUGACAUUAAACCAGUGACUACCUGUCCUGUCAUGAAUGUAAUCAAAAAUGUGUAAAACAUGACGUUAAAAUCCUAAAAAAAUGGACAGUUUGUCAGUCUAUUACAGGGCAAACACACACUUGGUGAAAUCAGAACCACCACGACCGUGAUCAGGAAAAAGCAGUUGAUAUAAAUGAGGAGGGAAAAAAGUUUGUCCUUUAAAUUAGAACAUGACGUGACUUAUAGUUUAGUGGUAGCUCAGUGGUUUAGGUACUAGACUAAUAAUGGUAAGGUUAGUUCAAGCCCUGAGCUAACUGUGAACAUGCUGUGCAUUUCCUCCAGUAAUGCUGAAACUGUUGUGAGGGAUUUGUAGUAAGGUCAUUAGACAAAAGGUUUAAGAACCUGCCCUAUGUAGUGCAUUGUGUGUAGUCAAUCAGAUGUGAUUUCUAGUUUAACCAGACAGCCUGGUUUCUGUUUUUAUUUAUUUUGGUAAAACUAAGCUCACAGAACUAGCUCUGUGUUUGUUUAUAUUAGCCAGCAUGUUCAUGCUAUUUACUCACGCUAUUUACUCACGCUAUUUACUCACGCUAUUUCAUGUUAUGAAAUUCAUAGCUUGAAUGUCAGCUUUUUAAAGCAGUGUUUUUCUUUAGCCCUGUUAAAACAUGACAACAUUGUCAGAUUAAUGAGUAUAUGAAGUGUUUGUGAAGAUGUGUUUUUGGGUGUUUGUGUGGACUAGGCCUGGGUUUCUAAUACAUUGAUUCUUUAUGAUGUAUUGAAUAGCAGAAUGGUUUGUAUUAAAAUUCAAAUAAACUUUGAAAUUUCUGUA